UUUGACAGGCUGCAUUCUAACUUCGAAAGUUCGAAAUUUGAAAAUAAAACGGAUUUUAGUUACAUGUUUAUUGAUUAGUGAUUACUGAUUACUAAUAAUAAUAAAAAUAGACUACGCUUUACGAAGUGCUAGUAAAAAAAGUACAAAAGAGGUGUUAACUUGUGAGGGUCGACUUUUAGUUUUUGAGGUUUUGUUAGUCAUCAGCAUUUCUAAGUCGUAUGGCUUAUUACAAGAAAACUCCUCUUAAAAUAUACAUACAAGAUGUUUUUCGGGCCAAGCAAUCGGAGCACAAUAAAUAUGUUUACGAAAUAUUUGGCAAACCAUUUAAAAAUGUUAUGUUACAUGGGGUGAUUACAUCAGUAUCUAAUGCUUCGACUAAAUCUAGUUAUAUUCAAUUAAGCGACGCUACAGCAAACAUACAAGUCUACUGCAACAGUGAGAAAAAUAAUAAUAAAUUACCACCUAAUUGCAUAGAUGAGCUUGAGGAACUUAAUGUUAAAAAUUAUAAAAUUGGAGAUAGGAGGGUUAGAACUAAGUCUUUUAUGUUAAAAAAAAUUAAAGAGAAAGAAAAAAACAAAUUGAAGUUUAAAAAAGGAGAUUUUAUAAGCAUAAUUGGAGAUAUAUUUGUUGAUAAUUUAACAGAAGAAAGGAUGAUAGCAGCAUAUGAAUGGUAUAUUACAAGCAUAGAAAGAGAUCUUAUUUGGAUGGAAGAAUUGAUAUAUUUAUAUAAAAACUGUUAUAAUAAAAACCCCAAUUUGGUGUUUUAAUAAAAUUUGUUUUAUCUAAAA